AUGUCUGUUCCCGCCACUAGCGAAACAGUUCCUCUUCUGGUUGUACUGACAGUUCUGGUGCUGAACUUUCACCAUCGCACCGGCGAGAUCUACCAUAUGUCUCCGUUCAUUCGGCUUGUGUUCCUCAACUGGCUACCAUGGAUCCUAAUGAUGAAGCGGCCAGGAAGAAGCUUUAGCCGCCGUAGCGUGCAGAAGGCACGUGAACUGAAGAGCAUGGCACUGCACGAACGCCUGUCACGGUCGCUGAUGGCCAACGUACUGGAUGUCGACGAGCACCCAGUGUUCUGCACCGAAAAACGCAAAGUUGAGCCAGUCUACAGUACCCCGCUAGACGACUACAAACAACGACACGAUUCACAGUACCGAAAGGAGCUGAUGUUGAUCCUCAAGGAACUUCGUUACAUCACCGAACGAAUGCACAAGGAAGACGAGGACCAUGAAAUCAUAGUCGACUGGAAGUUCGCCGCGAUGGUCAUCGACCGAUUAUGCCUAAUCGUUUUUACCAUGUUUCUGUUUGUCGGCACAUGUGCGAUCAUCUUCGCUGCUCCUCAUGUGGUGGCUUAG